AUGAUCUCUGGGCGGUCAGCGCCCGUCAGGACCCGGAUCGUGCCGAAGGCGAGCCAUGGGCCAGUCUCCGCGGCACGACCUGUCAGCCAGGCUGGGACCUUCACCGGCUUGCGCCGGACGCUGGCCCCGCUCUUCGGAUUCGCGGCAGGAUCUGCCUUUAGUGCCACAUCGCGCCGAGCAGCUUCCACAGAGACCAAGCCUGCAGAGAGGGUCAAAAGCCUGAUUCAGGAGCAUGACGUCAUCAUGUUCUCCAAGACCACAUGCCCCUUUUGCAAUCAGGCAAAGGAUGCAUUGACGGAAGCUGGCAGCAAGUUCGUGGUGGUGGAGCUGGAUGAGCUUCCGGCAGAGGAAGGCGCAGCCAUGCAGGAUGCCUUUGAGGAAAUGACCGGCGCUCGCACAGUGCCUCGGGUCUUUGUGCGUGGCGAGUGUUUGGGCGGCUGCGAUGAUGUCCUGGCGCUGCAAGACGAGGGCGAGCUAACGAAGGUUCUGGGCGGCAAGUCCUUCCAGCUGCAGCGCUCUGAGGAGGAGUGGCUGUCCAUGCUGGACGCCAGGCAGUACCGAGUACUGCGCCAGCAGGGUACAGAGCCGCCUGGCUCCCACGAGUACGAUCGCUUUAUGCCACAGAAGGGCUACUUCGCUUGUGGAGCUUGCGGCCUGCCGCUCUAUUCUGCGAGCUCAAAGUUCCGCAGCAACUGCGGGUGGCCGGUUUUCAAGACCUGCUACUUCUCCGAGGAUGCUGGCGGCUGCCAUGUUGGCACCGUUUCGGAGUUUGGAGGCCUAGAAAUUGUUUGUAACCGCUGCGCAUCACACCUGGGCCAUGUGUUUUUCGAUGCCUUCAAGCCGGACAAUCCGAAUGGUGAGCGACACUGA